AUGUGGAAGAUAGUAGCAAGUUUAGCCGUCCUGUCGGUAGUGUGCUGUAGCCCUGUGGAGUAUGGGUUCAGUGAAAACAUAGUUGGUGCUGUUUCGGAAUGUGUGGAGAACGACACGUCUUUGUGUUUGAAGGAAAAAGCAGUAAAAUUAACCGAAAAGCUAGCGAUCACCAAAGAUGUUAAUCUACUUGAGGGCCUGACUCUAGUCAAUACUGGUUCAGUUAGAUCAGCUAGGAGCUAUGAGGCUUUAUCGGUUGAUCCUAAGGAAAGGGAAUCUCAGCUGGAGGAAAGAAUAGUUAAUAAUGUCGGUGACUUUUUGGACAACCACGUACUGCAGUUGCGCUUGUCUGACGACUCCGAAGAAUCAAGAGGCCUGGAUGAAGAAGGCCGUGGAAAGAAGAAGAACAAGAAGAAGCUUAAACAGCUGCUGCCAAUCUUGCUGCUCUUGAAACUGAAAAUGGCUGCCCUCAUCCCUCUGUUCCUCGGAAUCAUUGCUUUCGUCGCUGUCAAGGCCGUAUUCCUCGGAAAAAUUGCGUUCGCCGUCCAAGCAGUCUCUCUCAUCCGAAGACUUCUUUCCAAGAACAACAGCUUCUCAGGAAGCACCAUUUCCACCGCUCCAGCGCACACUGACGAGCAUCCAGGGUACUCUUACCAACCAGCGGGGGGCUGGAGCCGAAACAUUAAUGACGCGCAAAACCUAGCUUACGCAGGACAAAUAACGAAUUGA